AUGGCUUUCUUCGGCUUCGACACAAGCCACAAUAAGGGCGCCCCUGGCUUCUCCCAGGCCCACGACCCUUUCGCCAGCUUUGCAAACCGAAACGCCGACGACGACGAAGGACUCGACUUCGAGGAUACCUACGAUGGGCUUGGCGACCAGCUAGACGAGACCGACGAUGCGUUCAACGACGACACUUUUGGCGGAGAUGCUGGCCCUGGAGCUUCGACCUCUGCCGCCGUGGGCAAGGACUUCGACUUCUUUGGACAGACUGCCAAAGUCGCUGACGCCAUCGAGGAGGAGCAUCUCCGUUACAACCGGCACCAACCCGCCCCCCAGCGCGCCCCUCAGCAGUAUGAGCAGCCCCAGGCUUCGCACUCCUACUACUACGGCUCGCAGCAGAGCGCACGCCCUGCUCGCACGGGAUACGAGAAGUACAAGGAGCCUGAGCCUGAGCUGCAGGUCGAUGCUGCCCUGUGGGGUGUUGCGCCCAAGAAGGCCGCUGCUCCGGCACCGGCCCCCUCUCACGCACCCUCGGCUUCCUCAAGCCGAAAGAUGAUGAGCCUGGAGGAGGUCGAGGCCGCCAUGCGCGCAGGAUCAAAGAAGCCGGCUGCCGCUCCUCCUGUUCAGCCUCAGCAGCAGCACCCCGGUGCGCACCCAGCCCAGUACGGCUAUGGUCCUCCUGAACAGGCCCCUCCCCAGUUCCAACAGCAGAUAGAGCACCAGCUGCAGAACCAAGGUCACGGCCAACCUGUCACUAUCCUCCAACGGCCUCAGUCAAAGCACACCCCAACCUCGGGUCAGCACAUCCCCAGUCCCGCUCCUGCUCAACCGCACCACCUACAGCAGCACCAGCAGCCGCAGCAGCACCAGCAGCCGCAGCAGCUCCAGCACCAGCAGCCGCAGCCGCACCAGCAUGAGCACCAGCACCAGCAACAGCAUGCUCCCAUUCAGCCAACGCAGAUCUUGCAGAACCCGAAUAGGUUAUCUGGAGAUGCUGCCCGUCUAGGGGCUGGCGGACACCCUACUCAGCCUUCUCACAAGCAUCAGAGCUCGUUGUCUCGCCAGCAGAUCAUUACCCACCCUUCGCAGCUGGCCAAUCUCUCCGAGGAAGAAAAGGCUGCGUAUCUUCAGCAGGAAGCGAAGCGCGCCAAGCGUAACCACAAGAUCUUCCUCCUCUCCAAGGACAACGGCGUCAUGACCCCGCAGGACAAGAAUUUCAUAACACGAAUUCAGCUCCAGCAGUUGGUGUCCGCGACCGGCAACCCCAACGACCAUGGUACCGACGAGUCUCUGAAUGAGGACUUCUACUACCAGGUCCAUGCCCAGAUCCGUGGCAGCCAGCGGCAGCACCCUGGUCAGCCUCUGAACAACUUCGCCCAGACCUAUCUGUACCAGACUGGAAGCCGCCAGGCAGGCAUGAGGCGUCACAACCGAGGCCCGGAGAACCACAUGCAGCGAAUGGAGCAGCAGGUCCAGCGCGCUGUCGAGGCAGCCAAGAACAAGCCCAAGAACAAGCAGCUGGUCAUCGAAGGAAGCUUGGGCAAGAUCUCGUUUAGCAACGCCAAGACGCCAAAGCCCCUGCUCAACAUCAAGCGCACGGAGAGCUCUGGCGACGCGGCCCGUCCGGCUACUGGCAACAAGAACGGCGUUCCACAUGGUGUCGACCGGAAGAGCGUCCUGCGGGACAUCGAGCAGGUGUACAACACGCUCAUGAAGAUGGAGGAUCACGAUCGCAAGAUGCCCCCGCCCCUCAACAACGAGACUGAUCUCGACCUUAUGCAAGCGCAUGUCGAAUGGAGGGACACGGCACAGCAGCUGAACGCCAACCUGUGGCGCGAUCUCAAGGUCCACGAACCCAUUGGCGCGACUCCUGUCCACCCCUUCAUCGCCUUUCUCUCUUUUCCCAAGGGCAAGAAGGCCAUCCCCCGUGUGUUCAGGCACACCACCCACGAGCAGAGGACCACCAUUCUCACCAUGAUCGUCGUCCACCUCGACCAGCUCGACAUUGUUCGUGGGGCACAGGUCGACAGCGGCGAGAUGAGACUGAAUGCUGCUAUGCGCGAGAACAUUGAGCUGUUCCAGCUGGCUGUCAUGAGCACUCUGUUCACGUUCAUGAACGACCUCGACCUUGAUAUUGUGACUGGCGUUCUGGGAUUGAUUUCCGGGCUCAAUGUCGACCUGAUCGCCAAGACUCGGAUUGGUGCCUCGAUGCUGACCAUGAUCCUGAGCCGCGCCGAGAUCAUCAAGCAAGCCGGAGGUGGCAACCCUCAGGCCUGGCAGACAUGGGAAAACACCUAUACCAACUUCUUCAACACCAUCGAGCCGACGCUGCCGCACAUCUUCCCUGGCUCGGUCAACUCGGGCGAGGAUGUCUACGUCUGGCAGCUGCUGGCAGCUUUCGGCAUGAACGCCAACCAAGAGCAACAACAGCGACUUGUGUUGGCGGUCAAGGAUCGUGUCAUGGAUACCGUCGCGCUCGCCAAGACCCUCCCGCUGGACAUGUCAGCUGCACGCCUGCAGAAUGUCAACCUGUUUAUGCGCUCCAUCGGUCUGGAUGUUGAGCUGUUGCAGUAA